AUGGAUGAGGAAAAUUGCUCUUCUUUGAAUGAAUUCUUGCUCUUGGGAAUUAACAGCACCCCUGGAAUCGAAGUUACCCUAUUUGCCACACUUCUAAGUGUUUAUGUCAUCAAUCUUGUUGCAAACCUCGGGAUGAUCAUUUUAGUUAGAAUGGAUUCCCAGCUGCAAACACCAAUGUAUUUCUUUCUCAGCCACCUCUCCUUCAGUGACCUCUGCUAUUCCACAGCAAUUGGACCCAGGAUGCUUGUAGGCUUCAUUGCCAAGAGCAAGUCAAUUCCCUUCUAUGGCUGUGCACUGCAAUUCUUGAUCUUCUGUGCCUUUGCAGAUUCUGAGUGUCUACUGCUGGCAGUCAUGGCUUUUGAUCGAUACAAGGCCAUUAGCAACCCCUUGGCCUACACAGUCAACAUGUCCAGCAAAGUGUGCUCUCUGCUCAUGGCUGGGGUUUACAUGGUGGGAAUUAUGGAUGUUUCAAUAAAUACAAUAUUAACAUUCCACUUAUGUUUCUGUGGGUCAAAUGAGAUUAACCAUUUCUUCUGUGAUGUCCCUCCCCUCUUAUUGCUCUCUUGCUCAGAUACACAGGUCAAUGAGUUAGUGAUAUUCACCAUUUUUGGCUUCAUUGAACUUAUUACCCUUUCAGGGCUUUUUGUGUCUUACUGUUAUAUCGUCCUAGCAGUGAUAAAGAUCCACUCUACUGAAGGGAGGUUCAAAGCUUUCUCCACUUGCACCUCACACUUAACCGCUGUGGCAAUUUUUCAGGGGACUCUGCUCUUCAUGUAUUUCCGGCCAAGUUCUUCUUACUCUCUAGAUCAAGACAAAAUAACCUCAUUGUUUUACACCCUUGUAAUUCCUAUGUUGAACCCCCUGAUUUACAGCCUACGGAACAAAGAUGUGAAAGAGGCUCUAAAUAAACUUAAAAAUAAAAAGUGGUUCCAUUGA